AUGGAAAGUCUCAGUCAGGGUAUAGUAAAGAGGGAUGACUCUGAAGCUGCAUUCUUCAUAUCCGACUCAUCACCUCUCUUCAAAUACUCCUCCUUCUCCUCGUCCUCGUCUUCUUCAAACAUGACAAACCCCUGGACAGCGGCCUACGCCCGCCAGACAGACGGCUACGACCAAACCCUCCAUCUCACUUCUUCCAAUCAUUCCAUUAUCGAGUUCAACAUCACCUCAAUGUCCCUAACGCUACUCGUACCCCAGAUCGAAGGCUGUUCAGCGACGGUAUCGAUCAACGGCACCACCCCCGUCCCGGCGUGCGCCACCAGCUCUUCUUCCUCUUCCGAGAUCCCUUGGCGUUUAGCAGACUUGGACUACGCCACCCACUCUAUCAAAUACGAUUCCGGCCUUAUCCCAUCGUCCUCGUCAUCGGGAGAGGGAGGGCAGGUCAUUUUUUGGGGUGUACAGGGUACGCGGCCGGGCACAGAGGGUGGGGGCCGGGGUGGGGGGACGAAUGUGACUGUUGAUGAUACAUUCUUCCGUCCCUCUUCUUCUUCUUCUUCUUCCUCCUCCUCUUCUUCCUCGUCCUCUACGGCAACCGAUACAGACACAGAAGAGGAAGCAAAAGUAUCAAUCACAUACUCUCCCUUCUGGACGCACCUCUCCAAAACAUCCCUAACCUCGUCGAGUCUGAGCGAGAUGGGGCAGUUGGAAGGGGAUUUCAAUGGGACGUUGAGUGUUUCUCAGGAGGCUGGGGAUUGGGUGACUUUUUGGGGUGCUGGCGAAGCGAUCUACGUCUAUGGCACUGUUGGACCCGACUAUGGCUCGGCGAGGGUGGAGUUGGAUGGGGCUGUUGUGGUGGAGGGGAUGAAUCUUACUUCACCAUGGACUAUGCAAUACCAACUCUUAUACUUUCAAACCAACCUCGACCCUUCGGUGGCUACCAACCUCACCAUGACCAAUCUCGGUGGCAGCGGAGGGGAGAAAAUGAGUUUGGAUUUUGUGAUUCUGACGGCUCGGGAAGAUGUUCUUGAUUACCUAUCCACCCCCUCCUCCUCAAAACCAUUUACUUCCACCCUCGGCGGCAAACUCAUCCUCUUCAUGCUCCUCCCCCUCCUCGUCGUCCUCCUCUUCUCUGCCUUCACAUGGUGGAUCCUCCUCCGACGGCGGCGGCGUAAUGCUCGUCGUUCCCGUUCCCCGCCCGAUGCUGGGGCUGGCAUAAGCUCUUGGGUGCCCUGGACGCCGAGUAAGGAGAAAAGGGCGAAAGCAAGGGGUGGGAGUAGGCCUUGGCGGCAUUCACAAGAUUCGUCGUCUACGUCCAUCAACAACACUACUGGCGGGAAAGCGAAACGCAAGUACUGGCUCUUCCCUGGUACUGCCUCUUCUUCUACAGGCGGCCGUGGGUCCCCGACGAAUUCGUUGGAUGGAGAAGGGGAAGAUGUGUUUGUUUCGUAUGAUGAGGCCAAGCUGCAGAGGAUGAGUGGCAAGUGGUCGUCUUCUUCUGGCUCCGGGUCGGGCGGGGCUGGGAGGUCGCCAGUGUCGGGCAGGGGUGGGCGAUUCACGCCUGGGUUGGCGGCGGCUGGGUGGGGGCUGGGUACGGUUGAGGAGGAUGAGAGGAAUGAGGGGUCUGUCAGUAUGCGGUCGGGACGGUCUAGGAGCUCUUCGCGCUCUGGUUGGUCGGGCGGUAACGGAGACCGAAAAAGAGAGAGGGGAGACGACCGCGAUAUAAUGUCCGUCCUCGACCGCACCUACGCUACCCCCAAUAUCAGUUCUCGCCGCGACACUGCCCUACCAGCAUACACCCCCUCCAACGACGCUCGAACGAACUAUACAUACUCCACGGCGCCCAACUCUCAUCAUACGACACCGCAAGCGCUCAACAGAAGCUUGCCUGCUAGUUCACCGAGCUCUGCGACGGGCACCGGGGGGGCAGCAGGGUCGCCGGAGAGUCAGUUCAGGUCGGCGGAAGAGGAGAAGGCGGUGCAGUUGAGGGUUAUGCGUGAUGUUGCUGGUGGACAGGGAUACUCGCCGCCUCGACUCGACCUUGCUCUCCCCGGCUCCGGCCCCGGCCCUUUCACCCCUCUCCCCACUCCACCCAUCUCUUCCCUUCCUCAUCCAACCCAAUCGCUCCCCCGGCCCGCCCACGCCCACCACGCGCACCAAGCUUCCCGCGGUAGCGCCACAACCAUCGGCGCGAGCGAUAUCAUCUCCAUCUUUGGUGCUCCUGCGGGCUCAGAGAGGAGGAUGAGUAUGAUGACGGAUCAUACGGGGCAUUCGCAGUUUUACUCGAGGCCGGGGAGUGUGGCGGGUGAUGUACCGCCUCUACCGACGAGUUCGACUUAUCCCGGUUGGAUCUCUGGGAGUGUUACGCCCGUUCCGGGAGGAGGAGGAGGGGCGGUGAGGCCGAGGAUUGAUACGGAUUUGGAGAAGAAUCCGUAUGGGCUGCCGCACAUGUCUCAUGGACGUGAUGCUUCGGGCGGUCUUUCGGCUAUGGGGACCAACUCUAAUAUGGGGCUUAUGGGGCUUACGCCUUCUGGGUAUGAGUCUGCUACCCUAUCCGGUCUUUCUGGUACAAGCAACCCCUGGCAUCGCACGCUCAACCACCACACCUCCCAAACUCCCCUCCUCCCACCUUCCUCCUCCAGCGCCACACCUUCUUCUCCACCCAACUCAUACCCUUCCCCACAAUCCCACGCCCGUCCUUCGACCGCACCCUCACAGACCCUACCACUUGUGACAUCUGUAACGACGCCAAACUCGGCACAACAUCAGAGGAGCCAGAGUACGUUUAGCCAUAUGACGGAGAGGAGCGCGGCGAGGCCGGAUAGUGAGGUGAUUCCUUUUGAGAGCUUUAUUAGUUCGUUGAAUGCGGCUGCGGCUGUGGCGGGGGGCUAG